AUGAAGCUCGGUGCAGCCGUGAUCGCGACAGACUUGCCAGAGCUAUUGCCUCACAUGGAAUACAACUUGCAGCUGAAUGAUGAAGGUGGGUCUCUUCUCGGGAGAUGGGCUGUGGAUUCACUGAACUGGGACAGCACAGAGGCUCGCGUCAAGCUCAGAGGAAGACUGGGAAACAAUGGUGCCGAUGCAAUAUUCGCAACGAAUUGUGUUUAUGGUCGGGACACAGUGGACAUGUUCCUUUCCACCAUGUUUGCUCUGUCUGGCCCGUGCACACUGGCAUUGAUGUGCGGUGUGCCCGUGCCGCCAGCAGCACUUGCGCCUGAAGAAGUCAGUAUCUUGGAUGAAUUUCUCGCAGCAUGUCCACGUUUCUUUGACUGCUACUUGUUGAAGGUUCCUGGCGGCAUCGAGGAUGCCGGUGUUGCCAGAGUGCAAGACUCUCCGCUGGCUGCUGAGCUCGGCAAGCCCUACGGACUUUCUGCGGCAGCUUUGGCAGAUGGUGUUUGGCUCUUCAAGUUGCCAGGGUCGGACUGCCCGUCCUGGGCGAGGCCCGUACUAUGUAUUGGCUAUGGCACCACACUGCAGGCAAACUUGCGGCAGUGGCAGGGCAUGUGCUGGCAUUCCCACAUUCAGCUCCUGAGGCUUCAGCGGAAGCUGAUUUCGGGGCUUCACCCGCAGUAG